CAUGCACAUGGAGCCUGGGGGCUCCAGCCCGGAAGAGUCUGGGGACGGGGGGCUGCCAGGCAGUGGGCGCGUGAAGAGAGGCUGGGUCUGGAACCAGUUCUUCGUGGUGGAAGAAUACACCGGCACGGAACCACUGUACGUGGGGAAGAUCCACUCGGACUCGGACGAGGGCGACGGCUCCAUCAAGUACACCAUCUCCGGGGAGGGGGCCGGCACCAUCUUCCUGAUUGAUGAGCUGACGGGCGACAUUCAUGCCACCGAGCGCCUGGACCGCGAGCAGAAGACCUUCUACACGCUGCGCGCCCAGGCCAGGGACCGCCAGACGGACCGGCUGCUGGAGCCCGAGUCGGAGUUCGUCAUCAAGGUACAGGACAUCAACGACAGCGAGCCCCGCUUCCUGGGGGGGCCCUACAUCGGGAGUGUGGCCGAGCUCUCCCCCAUCGGGACAUCGGUGAUGCAGGUGAUGGCAUCCGAUGCCGACGACCCCACCUACGGAAGCAGCGCCCGGGUGGUCUACAGCGUUCUCGAGGGCGAGCAACACUUCACGGUCGACAGCAGGACGGGUGUGAUCCGGACGGCAGUGGCCAACCUGGACCGGGAGACGCAAGACCGCUAUGAGGUGGUGGUCCGGGCGACGGACAUGGCCGGGCAGCUGGGAGGCCUCUCGGGUUCCACCACUGUCACCAUCGUCAUCACGGACGUCAACGACAACCCCCCACGCUUCCCCCAGAAGAUGUACCAGUUCAGUGUGGUGGAGACGGUCCCCGUGGGGACGCUGAUUGGGAGGGUGAAGGCCGAGGACUCCGACGUGGGCGAGAACACCGACAUGACCUACCAGGUCAAGGACGAGGAGGGGCUGGGGGCUUUCCGGGUGACCACCGACAGCAACACGCAGGAAGCCCUCAUCUCCGUGCAGAAGCCUCUGGACUUUGAGGCCCAGAGUGUGCAGACAGUGGUGGUCGAGGCCCUGAACAAGUUUGCGGACCCCCGCUUUGUGGACCUGGGCACCUUCCGGGACCAAACCAUUGUGCGCGUCUCCGUGCUGGACGUGGACGAGCCCCCCGAGUUCCAGCCCCCUGAUGGCCUGAUGGAGGUGCAGGAGGACGCGGCAGUGGGCUCUUUGGUGGGCAUGGUCACUGCCCUGGACCCCGACGUGGCAAACAGACCUGUGCGGUACGCCAUCGACCGCAGCACUGACCUGGAGCAGAUCUUUGACAUUGACCCACUGACCGGCGCCAUCGUGACCAGCAAGGUGCUGGACCGGGAGACGGCCGGCUGGCACAACAUCACCAUCUUGGCCAUGGAAGCAGACAAUCACGCUCAGGUGUCCAGGAAGACCCUUCGCAUCCGCAUCCUGGACGUGAAUGACAAUCCUCCCGAACUCGCCACGCCGUACGAGGCUGCUGUCUGCGAGGACGCCAAGCCUGGGCAGCUGAUCCAGACCAUCAGCGUCGUCGACCGGGAUGAGCCCCAGAGCGGCCACCGCUUCUACUUCACCUUGGCCCCCGAGGCCUCCUCCAGCCACCACUUCUCCCUGCUGGAUAUCGAGGACAACACGGCCGCCGUGCACACGCAGCGCCUGGGUUUCAACCGGCAGGAGCAGGACCUCUUCCUGCUGCCCAUCCUGGUGGUGGACAGCGGCCCCCCCACCCUCAGCAGCACGGGGACCCUCACCAUCCACAUCUGCGGCUGCGACAGCUCCGGCGCCAUCCAGUCCUGCAACACCACGGCCUUUGUGGUCUCCGCCUCGCUCAGCCCCGGAGCCCUCAUUGCCCUGCUGGUCUGUGUCCUCAUCCUCAUCGUGCUGGUCCUCCUGAUCCUGACUCUGAAGCGGCACCAGAAGGGGCACCUCUCUUCCGAAGACGACGAGGACAUGCGCGACAACGUCAUCAAGUACAACGACGAGGGAGGCGGGGAGCAGGACACCGAGGCCUAUGACAUGUCUGCCCUGCGCAGCCUCUACGACUUUGCGGAGACCAAAGGGGGUGGAGGUGGGGGUGAGGGGCCCCCCGUCCUGCCCUCGGAGCUGCACUCGCUGCCCCAGUGGCGCCCGGCGCCCGACUUGGACUUCUCCAUCUUCAGGGACUAUAUCAGCAGGAAAGUGGGGCAGGCAGACGAGGACCCUUCUGUGCCCCCCUACGACUCCUUCCAGACCUACGCCUUUGAGGGGGCCGACUCCCCUCCCGCCUCGCUCAGCUCCAUCGCCUCCCGCUCCACGGGCUCCGAGCAGGACUUCUCCUACCUGGGCAGCUGGGGGCCACGCUUCCGGCAGCUGGCGGCCCUCUACGCCGGACGCCGGGGAGGGGAAGAGGACGGUGGCGCAGACUCCUAGGCCCACCAAACCAAAAAGACACACCCCCCCGCAGUGGAGGACAGAGAGCCAGG